UUUCUAUGACGGUGGAAGAUUACGACACCGCCAUGGAUUCCGACUGCGAAUCGUCGGUUGUCCCCCAAUUCAGAGAUUUCGCGAGGAACGGGAUGGUGAGGGUGGGAGUGGAUCAAGCCAAGUACGUCGUGGUUGAGAAGAUGUUUAGGGCUGGACUGGGGGUUCUCGGCGAGGGACUUAAUGUGGUUGCUCUUCACAUGAAUUCUUCCUCCAGCAUCGCGAGGCACGCCAGGCUUGAAGCUUUCCGCCUCUACUCCCGCGCGGUGGCGGUGAAUCGCGGGGGCGAUGCCAAUAUUAGGUUUGCUUGGUACGGCGGUGCGCGGGAUGAGAUUUUGGGGAUUGUUACUCAUGGAUUUGGGAGGUGUAGCGAUUUUGAAGACCGCGUUUCCAACGGCAUUGGGGUUUAUUUAUCCCCCGCGAAUUUUCCGAUUGAUGCGCAAUGAGGGUGAAGGAAGAAGAAUUUGGAGUGAAGCACCUGCUGCUCUGCCGCGUGAUAUUGGGGAACACAGAGAAGAUCGCGGCUGGAUCGCGCCAAUUCCAGCCAAGCUCCACCGAUUUCGACUCCGGAGUCGACAAUCCAUUAUCACCUUUACAAUACACAAUUUGGAGUGCAUACAUGAAUUCCCACAUUUUCCCAAUCUUCAUCAUCAGCUUCACUGCCCCUUCUUUAACAGUUUGUAGAACAAGUAAAUUCCCCAAUUCACCAGGCGUGGAGUUUUCAGUGCUCAUGAACGUGCUUUCCCGGUUCCUCAACCCUUCACAGAUGACCUUGAUUCUGAAAUGUUACAACGAGUUUCAGGAGAAGAAGAUUGGUAGGCCUCAUCUGAUCACAAGAUGGAGGAGUUUGGUUGGGGACAAGGUGUUACUCUUAGCGAUAAGAAUGUGCGGAAUUCGUCCGACCUAAAGUUUGGAUAGACGGUGCAGUUUUGGGCACUUUGUAAAUCACUUUUUUAUAUCCAGGAUUCUAUAAGUUUUGGGCCUCAACAGAUUUUGUUUCUAUAUUUGUCUAUCUAGAUUGUACACAAUGUUUAGGCUUAGGACUGAUUUUUUUUCUUUAAUUUCCUUUGUUAUUCGCGAA